AUGAAAAUACCAGCUGGAGUAACCGGUGGUUUUGUGCAUCAAUAUACUCAGUAUUCAUUCUCUAUACCUACUACAUUAAUACGUCGAAAUCUCAACCGCGGAGGUCUUGUUCAAUCUUUUGGUAGGAUCCCAUCAUUUGCGCCCCUUCGUCGCAACUAUUCUGAAAUCCAUUCAAACACUUUGAGGAUCAAGGGAUUGAAUACGGAAAAGCGCGCAACUUUACUUCCUAACUCCGCUUGGAAAAGGUCGAGCGCUCCAACUUCUAUCUAUAGUCGAAGCGUAUCCUCAUCGUCACUCAACUACCUUGAAAAGCGCAAUACUUCUUGUGAAACAUCUUUGCGAACGCUUGUGCAAAGCAGCUUAGGGAAUUGGGCUACCGUCUUACUCCUUACCUUCAUUAGCAGCGCAUUUCUCUAUACUUCAACAUACAGUCAGCCAAAGACACAUACACCCAAACCACAACAGGUACAAAGUGAUCCCGAGCAAGAAUAUUACGAAUACUUCAAAAUGACGGGCGAAACACUUCCAGGUCGACCUGGCACAUUGACAGCACACGAAGAAGAGAAAUUACGAGAAUUCUGGGUUGCCACCUUACAAGUCUUUGGCGUACUCGAUCCUCAAGCAGAUACCAAUGGUACCAGUGGCGAUUCGGAAGUGAGCAAUGGUGUUGCAAAACCGGAUACCUCGGCUUCUGAGAAACCUAAAAAGAAGAGAUUCUCUGCUCUGCGCAGAAAAAAUAAGGAUGAUGAUACCGCAUCUCCAAAAUCUACAAGCGCUGCUUCGCGUAUCUCGAAUGCUUCGGAUGCGGAUGAUAAAUAUGGACAAACCAAGGAAUUUCACGAUGCUUUGGCUAGCUUGUCACCGGCUUCCAUUCGUGCGACAUUCUGGAGUAUGGUAAAAUAUGAUCAUCCAGAUGCGCUUUUAUUGAGGUUCUUGAGAGCUAGAAAAUGGGAUGUGGAUAAGGCAUUGGUCAUGAUGAUUUCUACCAUGAGAUGGAGAGCUUCGGAUAUGCAUGUUGAUGAUGAUCUCAUGAAAAAUGGAGAAUUGGCUGCUCUUGAAGAUGAGAAAUCAACUAAUGCUGAAAAGAAGAGACAUGCAGAAGGAUUCCUCAUGCAAUUGCGCUCGGGAAAGAGUUUCCUACAUGGUGUAGACAAAGCCGGAAGACCAAUGUGCUUUGUGAGAGCUCGCUUACACAAACAAGGAGAGCAGUCGGAAGAGAGUUUGGAAAGAUACACAGUUUUCGUUAUAGAAUCGGCUAGAAUGUUAUUGGAACCACCAGUAGAUACUGCUUGUGUAGUAUUCGAUAUGACUGGAUUUUCUCUGGCAAAUAUGGAUUAUGGACCUGUCAAAUUCAUGAUCAAAUGUUUCGAGGCCAAUUACCCUGAAAGCUUAGGCGUAGUCCUAGUCCACAGAGCACCAUGGGUCUUCCAAGGUAUCUGGAAAAUAAUACGUGGCUGGCUCGACCCCGUCGUCGCCUCCAAAGUCCAAUUCACAAACAACGUCGAAGAAAUGUCCGAAUUCGUUCCCCGUUCUCAAAUCCUCGCCGAACUUGGCGGAGAGGAAAACUGGGAAUACAAAUUCGUAGAGCCCGUCCCCGGCGAAAACGACUUGAUGAAAGAUACAGUAACCCGCGAUAAACUCCUGAAAGAAAGAGAAAAUAUCGUGGAUGCGUAUGAGAAAGCUACACUCGAGUGGAUCAACUCAGAAGGAAAGACACCGGAAAUUAAAACUAGGAGGAUGGAAUUGGCAACGGAGCUCAGAGAGGAUUAUUGGAAAUUGGAUCCUUAUGUUAGGGCUAAGAGUUUGUAUGAUCGAACGGGUGUCAUUAAUCCAGGGGGUAAGUUGGAUUUUUACCCAAAGGCUAAGGGGGAAAUGCCUUCGACUCCGGCGGUGGAAACUUCGGCGGAGGAUAUUGACUAG